AUGGUUCGUGCCUUAGAAAAACCAACAAGUGUUCCUCCGCCAGAACCGGAACCGGAACCGGAGGAUUUGGAAGAAAAAUACAUCGACCAUUGCUUUGAACGCAUUCGCCAGGUACGAUUAGUGAAGCAAGUAAUCGUGAUGAACGAGUGUGGUCAUCCAAUACGGAGCACGAUCGAGAACAUGGAGGAAUCGAUCACAACGUCUGGCCUGUACGCUAGUUUGAAGGAUAAGGCGCACUUUUACCUGAAAACAAUUGACGCAAACGAUGAAUUUCUUAUGCUGCGUAUCAAAACACGUAACAAUGAGGCUAUCAUUAGCACCGAUCCCGAUCAUGGUUUACUGUACAUCACCGUGCAGGUUCCGGAAUGA